GUCCCGUGCCCGCACGCCUCCCCUCCCCUCCCCUCCACGGUGGUUGGAGCCGUACUUGCGUCCAUUAUAGAGCCACUUCAUCAUCUCCCACAGUCCCAAGAUCCCAAACCCCAUCCCCUGUCCCGAAAUCCAGAAGCCAGCUCAAUCCCUGUACGUGCGCCGCAAUGGAGGCGAGCAAGCUCAAGGCGGCCAGGCUCCUGGAGCAGAUGAGCGCCCACCUCGCCACCGACGCCGGCAAGGAGAUCUGCGACAAGGUCGGCUUCGUCUACCAGCUCCACAUCUCACCCAAGAAGAUGGGCGUCGACGAGGAGAUCUUCGUCGUGGACCUCAAGAAGGGCUCCGUCUCCACAGGGCCGUACGCGGGGAAGCCUGACGCGAGCUUCACCUUCACGGACGACGACUUCCUCGCCAUCUCCAGCGGCAAGCUCAACCCGCAGAUGGCAUUCAUAAGGGGUAAGCUGAAGAUCAAGGGGAGCAUAAGCGCGGCGCAGAAGUUCACGCCUGACAUCUUCCCCAAGCCCUCCAAGCUGUAGAAGUCUGAAUUACCAUGUCAUACCCAUCUGUUAAUAAAGGUUUUGGCUAUAUAUGUUUCUUGAUGGCAACUGUGGUGUGAGCAAAGGGAGGGGAUUGUUACAGUUCAAAAAAAAAGGAGGGGAUUGUUGCUGGUGAGAGUUUGUGUACCUAAACCACCACACGAACAACAUAGUUUCAGUGUUUCAUGGUCUGGAUCGGUUCGCGUCUCACUUUACUCGAGUUCAUGGAUAGAAAAACAUAGUGGUGUGUAUUCUGAUGAUAUCUGAACUGAAGAAAGCUAGUCACUUUUUACUCCUAAAGAUUGUGCUCGAUUCGCCAUGUACUGGCACUUCUGAAGGUGUUAUCUUUAUCUCUCCCACGAGAAGUAUAUCAGCAAGCAUGAAAUGAACCAACAUA